CCGCAACACCUCCCCCAUGAACAAGCACCCUUACUAUCACCAACCACAGUAAACCCUCACACCAACCAUGAACAAAAUAACAGGAGCUCUCAUCGACGAAGCAACCCACAUUCGGGCCAUCGCCAAAGAUGUCGUCCUCUCUGGGACAUAUUUCUACCCAAUCAAGGGAAUAAUCUACACCCUCAACCGCCCCACUCUCCGCCAACCCCUCCUCUCACGGUCCUCCAAAACCCUCACUCUGGGCGUAGGCGUCACAACAGCCAUGUUCUUCUUCACCUACGUGCCUCAAGCAGCGAUUAUGUCCAUAACCAGUGGACCCCUCCUCGCGCCUUUCUCCGCGGCAUUACUCGUCCUCAGCGAAUCCUCCACCAUAACCACCUUCCUUGCGCGGUCGUUUCUCCUCGCGGACGCUAUCACUGCUACGUUUGACGCCACGCUCGUGGAAAUGGGACAGGAGAAACUCCUUGAGCAGUCGGGAAAGAGAGGCGGUGGUGGUGAUGAUGAUGAUGCUAUCUCCCGCUUCGGGGGCAAAGAAGAAGUCGAGGAAAGACAAACGAAUAUGUGGAAUAUGUUGGUGAGGAGUGUGGUGUUGCUACCGCUGAACUUUGUGCCUGUGGUGGGAACGCUGGUGUAUGUGUAUGUGCAGGGGAAGAAGGUCGGUGAGGGGGUGCAUGAGCGGUGGUUUGGGUUGAAGGGGUGGAAGAAGGCGGAGAGGAGUAGGUGGGUGGGGAGGUGGAGGGGGAAGUAUACUGGGUUCGGAAUGGCGGCGUUCGCGCUGGAAAUGGUCCCGUUUGUGUCGAUUGCGUUUGCGUUUACGAAUACAGUUGGGGCGGCGUUGUGGGCGGCGGAUUGGGAGAGGGAGUUGCAGUAG